UUCUUCGAGCAACAAUCUGCAAAUCCCAAAUCUCUCUCUCAGAGUUCAUGAUGCUCUCUCGUUUAAUCCAGAGAUCUUCGAAUCUCCGUCUCGCAACCCUAGUUUCAUCCAAAUCCAACUCUCAGAUCAUCUCCUCCUUCAUCCGUCCGCUUUCCACCAACAGUAGCGGCGGCGGCGGCGGAGGAGGAGGAGGAGGAAAUGGCAGCGGGAACGACACUCCGUGGAGUUUCUCAGGAGUGAAUGACGGAAAGUCAGAUCCUUUCUCUUCGAACGAUUCUUGGGGUUGUGGGGACGGGAAAUGGGCUGCCAAGGAGGAGCCUAAGCGAUGGAAUAUGAAGGAGGAAGGAGGAGAUGAGAAAGGCGUGUUCGGUGGUAGCGAAGGCGGAGAGGUGGCUAAUGGUGGUUUUGGAGAUGUUAAAUCAAGUGGAUGGGAUGUGUCCUCUAAGCCAUGGGAUUUGAAGGAUGAGGAUAAGGUCGUGUUUGAUACGAGUGGAGAGAUGAUGCCUGUUGGGUUUGAUAACAGCAGCUUGGUGAAUGAGGAAGAAGAGCGUGCUAAGAAGGAAGUGUUUGAAAAAGAAGAGAAAGAGCUCACUGAGGUUAUCAAAGGCCCUGAUCGAGCAUUUGGAGACUUGAUAGCAAAGUCUGGUAUAACAGAUGAGAUGCUAGAUAGUCUGAUAGCCUUGAAGGAUUUCCAAGGGGUCCAAGGGUUACCUCCUCUGACCGAGAUUGAGAACCUGCGACGUGAGAAGAGUUCUAAGAAGUCGUCAAGAGCUGAGAUUGAACUCCAGAUGCAAGAGGAGAUUGCCAAAUCGAGGGUCCGACAAGUGGAUGAAACCGGGAGAGCGUAUGGAACGGGGAGAAGAAAAUGCAGCAUUGCCCGUGUUUGGAUUGUCCCUGGCAAAGGAAAGUUCCUUGUUAACGACAAAGAGUUCGAUGUCUAUUUCCCUAUGCUUGAUCACCGUGCCGCUCUUCUCCGCCCACUUGCUGAAACCAAAACCUUAGGUAGUUGGGAUAUUAACUGCACUGUUAAUGGCGGUGGAACUACAGGUCAAGUUGGAGCUAUUCAAUUGGGUAUCAGCAGGGCAUUGCAAAACUGGGAACCAGAUAUGCGGACAGCUCUUCGAGCUGCUGGUUUUUUGACAAGAGACUCGAGAGUUGUGGAAAGGAAGAAACCUGGAAAAGCCAAGGCAAGAAAGAGUUUCCAAUGGGUCAAGCGUUAAAUCCAUUCGAUAUCUUUCUCUUUCUCUAUGUCUUCAUUUUCAUUGGUUCAUCUUACUUUACUUAUACCGGGUUUGGAAGAAUCACCGGAAGAUAACUUGUUCUUUUGGUCCGGUUUCUUAGUCUUUCUUGCACCAACACAUUACUCUACUACGACUCUUGAGUCUUGGAAACUUGAGUUACGUUUGGUUUGUGAGUCAGGACACAUAGUUUGUAUGUUUUUGUUCCUGUUUCUUCAAAAGGUGCAUUGAUAAUGAUCAACA